GCCCAGUGCGGUGGCCGGGAUGGCGGUGUCAAGUGGGGCAAGCGCUGGUAGAGGUGGCAGAGAGCAAGGUGGCAGCCAGGAGCCCAGGAAAAGUCCGAGGCGCUGGAGCCCUGCGUCGAGGCGUGACGGUCAUCCCGAAAGGCCGGCCCCAGUUUUCAUUCUUUUAUCCUGUAAGCUGUCACCAUGACCCUGACAAAAGGUUCCUUCACCUACUCCAGUGGGGAGGAGUAUCGUGGCGAGUGGAAGGAGGGCCGCAGGCAUGGUUUUGGUCAACUGAUGUUUGCAGAUGGUGGCACCUACCUGGGUCAUUUUGAGAAUGGGCUCUUUAAUGGCUUUGGGGUAUUGACCUUCUCAGAUGGUUCAAGGUAUGAGGGGGAGUUUGCCCAGGGCAAGUUUAAUGGCGUCGGAGUCUUCAUUCGACAUGACAACAUGACCUUUGAGGGGGAAUUUAAAAAUGGCAGAGUAGAUGGUUUUGGCCUGCUGACUUUCCCUGAUGGUUCUCAUGGAAUCCCCCGCAAUGAAGGUCUCUUUGAGAACAACAAGCUGCUGCGGCGUGAGAAGUGUUCUGCAGUCAUUCAGCGGGCCCAGAGCGCCUCCAAGUCAGCCAGAAAUCUCACCGCCUGACAGCGCCGUGGGUCUCAGCUGACAAGUACUGGGAAAAGCCAGUGCCCCCGUUGUUGACUCGAGGUGAGCGAAUGAACCACAGCUGAGAUAAGUUGACAAUGACAGUGGAGCAAGGGACUUAUAUGUGCCCUGUCAUCUGCCAAUCCAGAACUGGACCACAGAAAAGUGCUGAGGAUGCUGGCCAGCAGAGCCUGCAGCAGUCGUUGGCGGUGCUGUCUUUCCCUGACCCUUGUGUGCUGGAAGACAGAGGAACUGCCUCUUCUCACUGGUUAACACUCUGUUCCUAAGACCUCAGGUUACCCAAUGCAGCCUGCUGUGACCCUUCUGCUUCAUUUUCUGCCAAGUGAUACAGAAUCUCUUUGUUCUGCUGCUUUUGGGGCAGGUGAUCCUAGCCCUAGCUUAGGGCCAGUGCUCUGUGCUACCCUGGAGAAAUAGGAAAAAGAUAGGGGUGGCUCAGUACAGCAGCCCUGUGAAAGUCAAGGCCAGACCUUUUCUUUUUGUUAUUAUAAAAAAUUGAGCUAGGGUCUUGCUAUGCUGCUCAAGCUCAUCUCCAACUCCUGGGCUCAAGUGAUCCUCCU